UUCGAUCAAACUACACUAAUUGGCUUUUAAUUUCCAGCCAGAGGAACCCGCAAACCAUGCUUUAACUACCGUUGAGUUUAGUUCUUAAAUUUUCUCAUUUGUAAGAAAAGGCGAAAAAACUCAAACAGACAGACAAAAAGUAUAAACAGACAAGCAAUAGGAAGAUUGCAAGACAGGAAUCUACAAGCAUUUUUGUACAAAGAUACAAAUGGCUCAACUUGAUCCGUUACAAAAAAUUUCACAGACAUCCAAAACUCCCAAGUCAAAUUCACCAACUUUUGAACAAUUCUUACAUGGAAAUGAAAGGAGUUGGUCAACAAAUACCUCCCCAACAGCUUAUGAUCAAGAAGAAUAUACACCAACUCAUGGCAAGAAAUCAGUUAUCACCAAAGUGAAGGAAAAGGCAAAGAAACUCAAAUACAGUUUAAAUGGCAAGAAGAAGCUGCAUGAAAAUGAUGUCCACGACGAUAACAGUACACCUUCUUGGAGCGUUACUUUGGAUGAUGAAGAUGAAGAAGAUGGAGAUCCUGAAUAUCUUGGCGCUCCAAUGUAUGAAUCAGAACUGGCACCUGAAGCUUAUAAAGAAGCUGCACGACAACACCCACGAGCAGAUCCAGUGGUAUCCGAGAAGCAUGUUGUUCCCACCAGCAUCAAACAUGAGGUUAUUGAACAAGACAAUAAGGAGACAGUACCUGAUAGCCCGAGUAAAACCAUAACAGAAACUGUAACAGAGAAGUUAGCACCAGCUUAUGCUGCAGUAUCUGAUGCAACCCACGCUAUUGCUUCAAAAUUUUCAGGCCUCACUCUAACAAAUAGCAACGAGCAAGAAUCUGGGAACCAGCACGCAGCGCCAAAAACUGGUCAUUUUGCUGAGAGUAAUGUGAAUAAGUUGGGACAAAAUGCUAGCGGCAUUAGCAGCCCAGGAAAAUGGGACAAAGGUGUUUCAGUAAAAGAGUACUUUGUAGAAAAAUUUGAGCCUGGUGAAGGCGAGAGAUCACUUUCUCAGAUCAUAACUGAGGCUAUGAGCCCUAGGCAAGCAGCUUCUGGUGAUAAAGGUAUAGUGGAGAAGAUGAAGGGUGCUGUAACUUCAUUUAUUCGGACUGAUGAUUCCCCUAAAUCAACAGAAAAUAGCAUCAAAUCAUCAGCUCCAAACAAUCCCAUUUCUACAACUGCAACUUUCUCUCCUAAAAGUCCCAGCUUGUCUUCUAAGAACAUCGUUAUCUCUACUAAUGAUAAUUUGCCUCAAGAUAAUCCCAUCGCUAUGCCUCAUAAGAGUCCCAACGAAACUGCAGCAUCAUUAUCCCAUAUUCCUGAGUUCCACAGUGCAAGCUCAUCACCUCUCAUUCCUAUCUCCACCAGUGUUCACGAAGUUGUUGAGGAACAAAGCCAUGGAAGAAUUCUCCAACCUAAUUAACUGAAAAUCGAAUUACAGAUAUCUCGAAAUAAAGAAUCAAUCUACUGAUUCCAUAUUUUGUAUUAGUGAUAACCAUAAUUAAAUAAAGAAAGAGCGUCUGUAGCAUUUUGUUUUGAUUUUUAGAUACACUGCAAUAUCAGCAAAAAGUUCUUUUUUUAGUAUCAACAAAUCUUUGUUACACAGCCCAAUACAAACUUGUUUGGGACUGAGGCGUAAUUAUAGUAGUUGUUGUUAACAAAAUUUAUUUUGAA